CGCUGCUUUGUAUUGGCAGUGGCUGCACGUGUGGGGAGGAGCAAGGUUUGUCUUUAUCAGUGAGACAGCGCCCCUGUUCGAGCGUCGUGGUGGUGACCAUCUCUCACCGUUCUUCACUUGCUGUUUGUACACAGUGAGCUCGCCUGAUAGGACUCGCACGGAUUCGCUUCAUCACCGCCCCGCGUACCACUGCGGUAAAGAGGCAAGCGGCACCCGGGCAUAGUGUCAACUUCAAGCGUUCCGCGCACUGUAGCGCACUGUAUGUGUCUCUGGGGGGGAAAAAUCAAAGGAUUAAGAAACAGGACUACAGGAGAUAAUCACAAAUCACUGUUGCUUUAGCGCAAGGAGGGAGGAAGUUUUGCCGUUGCCUCUCGUUUUGGUAACCUUGGCACUCAAGCCCGCAACAACUGCGAGGAUGGGACCGUUUCUCUUCUCCAUCGCUCUUUUCCUGAGCGUCGCUGUCCCGAAUGCAGCCAAAGAUGAGUCGUGUGAGCCCAACCCAUGUGAGAAUGGGGGCACCUGCCUCACAGCACUGAGCAACGAGGCCUACACAUGUCAGUGUCACACCGGCUUCACUGGGCCCAAGUGCGCUAGUAAAAUGGAGGUUGCGGCAGAUGGCGAGGACCCAACUCCAGCAGGACCAUGCCACCCAAACCCAUGCCACAACGGAGGGAUCUGUGAAGUGAGUGAGACCUACCGUGGAGAUACCUUCAUAGGAUACAUCUGCAAGUGCCAACACGGCUACAAUGGAAUCCACUGUCAGCACAAUGUUAAUGAAUGCGAAAGGAACCCAUGCAAAAAUGGGGGCAUCUGCACCGAUCUGGUUGCCAACUACUCCUGUGAAUGCCCAGGGGAGUAUAUGGGAAGGAACUGCCAAUACAAGUGCUCCGGACCGCUGGGCAUGGAAGGAGGCAUCAUCUCUAACCAGCAGAUCACGGCCUCCUCCACGCACCGCGCUCUCUUUGGCCUGCAGAAGUGGUACCCCUACUUUGCCCGCCUCAACAAGAAGGGCCUGGUGAACGCCUGGACCGCUGCUGAGAACGACAGAUGGCCCUGGAUCCAGAUAAACCUGCAGAGGAGGAUGCGGGUCACGGGCCUGAUAACACAGGGGGCCAAGCGCAUCGGGAGCCCCGAGUACGUCAAGUCAUACAAAGUGGCCUCCAGCGACGACGGCAAGACCUGGAGGACGUACAAAGUCAAGGGCACCGACGAGGAUAUGAUCUUCCGAGGGAAUGUGGAUAACAACACGCCCUAUGCCAACUCUUUCACCCCUCCAAUCGAGGCCCAGUUCAUACGCAUUUACCCUCAGGUGUGCAGGAGACACUGCACCCUGCGCAUGGAGCUGCUGGGCUGUGAGCUCACAGGAUGCUCAGAACCGCUGGGCAUGAAGUCGGGUCACGUCCAGGACUACCAAAUCACGGCCUCUAGCAUCUUCCGGACGCUCAACAUGGACAUGUUCACCUGGGAGCCUGGCAAGGCGCGCCUGGACAAGCAGGGCAAGGUCAACGCCUGGACAUCCGGCCACAGUGACCAGUCCCAGUGGCUACAGGUUGACACGCUGGUUCCCACUAAAAUCACAGGCAUCAUAACCCAGGGGGCGAAGGACUUUGGCCACGUGCAGUUUGUGGGCUCCUAUAAGGUGGCCUACAGCAACGACGGGGAGAGGUGGCUCAUAUAUCAAGAUGAGAAGCAGAGGAAGGACAAGGUCUUUCAGGGCAACUUCGACAAUGACACGCACAGAAAGAAUGUGAUAGAGCCCCCGAUUUACGCCCGCUUCGUCCGAGUGCUGCCGUGGUCGUGGUACGGACGGAUCACCUUACGCGUAGAGCUACUCGGAUGCACAGAGGAGGAAUGAACUCUCGACCCAUCCUGACCCUUGUCCCCAACGUGUGCAAGAGUCAGCGACCCACAGUCAACAUAAACUGUGUCCAUGAUGUAUAAAGAAAAUACGUUUCCAAUGGAUUUUUCAAGAAUUGUUUUCAGAGUGUUUUUUUGGAUGUGGUCAGUGGGAAUUUUGAUUUUGUAUAAUACCUAAAAAAAACACCUGCCCGUGAACAAUGUUUGUCCUCUUAUUUCUUUGCAGUCUUUUCAUUCCAGUUUUCAAUGUCAUCAAUUCAGAGGAAGCAUACGUAUUAUUUUUGAAUGGGCCAGACUGGGGCUUAAGAAACUAACAGAUAAUUGGUGAGGGUGGAAUGGGCACUCUGGUCAAGGUUUAAGCUACUGUACAGUGUCACUUUUACACAACGACCUAGAACUCUGUCUAACAUUAUUCACAUUUCAUAAUAAACCGUAUUGUAGCUCAUAACAAAAUAACAUAUCUCUAAUAUUGCUGUAUGGAAACUAUUUCUACUUUUACUGAAAUAACUCCCCCAAUCCAUUCUAAUAUGAUCAAUAAAACUGUCCUAACAGUGUGCAGGAAAACAAUAUCAAGCUGUUGUAUUGUAUAUGAAACAUUAAAUGAUUGCAUGGCACAUAGAUUAUAAUAUUUAUUGUAUAUGAAGACAAUUCAGUUGAACUUCAUCCCAAACCAUUUUAUGUUAAGGAGAUAUUUUUGUGUGGUUUUAUUUUUCAUAGUUACGAGCUGCAAAACUAUCUAAGUAAAUUACUUGCUCAAAGCAAUUCAAGCAAAAAACAAAUGCAAAAAGUGGCACUGCAGUACUGACACUGAGGUGUGAGGGUUAAGUCUAAAGCUAGGUGCGCUAAUACAUUCUCAUUCUCACUUUUAUAUUUAAUUUAUUGCACAUGACAUGACAUGUUGUUAACUCUUAACUCUUCAUUUGUUGCACUUUUUGUACUAUUUCUACUUUCAAAUUGUUCCUUUACCUCUUGCUUGCUUGUAAGUUUCUGUCUUUGUCUAUAUAUCUCAAUGGUUGUCCCUAUCUUUUUUUCAAACGAUUAGAAAACCUCAGGAUAGAAGGAACCCUUUCAUUUUAUGUCAGCACACUGUCCAAUCCUCAUCCAAAAGUCUAAAAUAUUAAGCAGGGAACAGUAGAUCCUGUAUUACAGAGCAAUGAUGAAUGAGUGAUUUAACAAAACAUAUUAUUGUAUAGACUACACUGUGUGGAUUUGUUUGCAUAUACUUAAGAGUCAUAACAUAAUGUGACAGCUUUUUAAUUAUGUAUUUUUGAAAAUAAAACUUAGGAUAUAUACAUAUUUAUACAUAUUUGAAUCAUUGAAUAGUGCAAUGAACACAGCAGUUGUAAUAUCAUUGUAGUUCAGUGUUAAAUUUGCAACUCAAUCAUAAAAAUGCAAGAAUGAAAAUGAAGAGGUUAGGAAAUAUAAUAGUAUGUACCUUAACACCAUGACAAAAAAAUACAUGCAAAAUACAUGCAGAACAUUGUGUCUCUAUGUGUGCAAUAUUUCAAACAGCAAUCCUAUUGUUACUUGUGCACUGUAUCCAUGCAAAACACCACAAACGUUUAACCCAUAGGUGUUCCUUAUUUGGAUGGGUAAUAUUUUAUUCCAAGAACAGGCAGCCAAAUGUUCGGUUGACCCUGAGUAAGCCUUCUCCCCUGAAACUGAGGUUUUGUACAAAGGACUUUAUGUGACGCUUAAUGAGAUCAGAACAUGAACUCAGCAUAGACAUAUAACAUUCUUUUUUCCUUCUUCUUCUAAUGGAUGUCUGUGACAAAGUACCAUAUUUAUUAUGUCUUGGACUUUUUGGUUUGAUUGGUGAUGUGGAGGUGGCUAUAAUUGUGUCUGUCUAACUUUGUCCUGUGUCACUAGAGUUCUCUCAUACACAGUUUUCUUAGACGGCUAUCUGUAUACACGGAACACAUUAUGCAGUGUGGGCAAUAUGCGUCCGCCUUGUGGAAGGUAGGAAAUGAACACGAAAAGGGUCUCCAUGGGCACAUGUUUUUGUACAUGUACAGUAUAUCUAAAAAAAAAAUCGCAAUGCGCAUUCCACGUGAAUUUCUGUCUUUGUGCUUUUUGUCUCUUUCUUUGACAAACCGGUCUUUGCUUGAACAGUGAAGACGACCCAGAAAGGGCGCACUCUCCUGAAAUCUGUUUUGGUCUUAGAUGAUUCCUUUCUUUCCAGUGCCAUCCAUCCUUAUCUCUCUCUCUCUCUCUGUCCUUCAUUCUCUUUCCCACAUUCUCUCUCUCUUCCUCUCUUUCUCUCUUUCUUCCCUCAGUCUUUCAAGUGUAAAGUGUACCCAUCACAUGCUGAUUGGCUGAGUCCUAACGAGUGUACAGCAGAGCAUAAAGUCAGUGCCACAAAAAGAGAGCUCUUUGGUUUGACAAAUAAAAGCGAUGUCUGUGAA